CCCCCAGGCCCAUGGCCUCUCGCCUCUCUCCAAGGUGAAGCAGAAGAGACGGGAACCCAGUCCCCUCUUGGCACCCCAAAACGCAGGAGAGUUUCUUGCCAGUCCCCAGCUGCAUCCCCAGCGGUACUGAGCCGGCCACUCUCAUGGCUGCUGCUGACCCCAUUCUGCCCCCUGAGGAGGUGGCUUUGCUGGAGCUGGGGAAGGUGGCCCUGGCUGCCCCGCUGGACAAGGUACCACCAGCCCCGGAUGAACACCCAGGGGACCCUGAUGCCACCCUGCCAUGGGACCGGUGCCAGCACAGUGCCCAGGGCCAGUCAGAGCCCACGGAGACGAAGAGGCGCUCAAGUCCUGAAGGGGGCCAUGAAGAUCUGGAGGAGGCUGCUCUCACCUACCCCCCAGCUGAGGCCAAAGACGAGGAAGCCCCCGGGCUGCCCGUGAUGGCGGCCCACGUCUUUGUGCCCAUCGACCCACAGUGCAUUGAGCGGACACCCGGCAAGCAGAAGCAGCAACCCGCCCCAUGGCCCCGGGAGGAGGGCGGCAAGGGGGACUAUGUCCCCCACAGCGACAGACCCGACAGCCUCCGCCAGAAGCAGGUCUUCCUUCCCAUCGGCCCCUCGCACUACAGGGACCCACUGGGCUUUGAGGGGCGAGUGGCCAAGCCACCGACCGAGGGGCCACAGUGCCCAUGUGCCAGGGACUGCAGCACCGGCAACCUCAAGGCCGUGGCCUCGGUGGGGGGGGCCCUGCUCCCCUGCCCCCGCCCCCUGUACUGA